UCUGUUUUGCAGAUGAUCCCUCUAAUAGUCGCACAGGUCGGGGCCCAGUGGUCCCCCAGAUCUUCACUGGGCUAUUCAUCCAGCCUCUAGCCCCUGGAAGAAUGGCCCCUAUAGGUCAGGACAAUCCAGAAGAUCAGGACCAGGUUCUACCAACAGGACAAAGUGGCAUGAGCCCUGCCACCCAGGACACCCCAGAAGACCAGCCCCCGACUGCCAGUGGCUUGCUGGAUGAGUCUGAGGUCACAUUACCUGCCAACCUACAAGGGGUCUCGCUGACGACUGAGGAGAGCACCACCGAGGAACCAAGGGGUCCUACUCUUAAAAUGGAGAAUUUGGUUCUAAUCCUGUCCCUCUUUGGCACAAGUUUUGCCAUACCGGUCUUUCUGCAGCCGGGUGGACCUCCUGGCAUGGGCAGUCUGAGCCUGGAGACAAUGAGACACCUGGGCAAUUUGAACUUGCUUCCACAGUUCUCUAGAUUUGGUUUUGGAAAGCAGUUUAAUUCUUUAUGGAUGCAUGGAUUCCUCCCCCCACACUCCAACUACCCAUGGCUGUCACCAAGAGACCAGGAGACACAACAGUACGAAUACGCGUUGCCGGUGCAUCCGCCUCCCCGGCCGUCCCAGCGGACCCUCCAGCCCCAGCAGCCGAAGCAGAAUGCGUUCCUCCCUCCCACCGUGGCACCUUCCGCCCAGGGCCCGCCUGCCCAGAACGGGGAUCCUCAACCUCCGAUCCUCCACCUGCAGCCUCCCCUGCAGCAGGAGGAGAAACCCUCCGUUCAAGAGCAGGUGGCCCCACCCAAAAGACCCCCAAAGCCAGAGUUACCCGCACUGGAUUUUACGGUUCAACUGAGACAGUCAAUAUUCCCAAUUGCCCAAAAAUUAAUAUCUCAAGGACCCAGGCAAAAGGCUGAACAAUCUCCACUUUACCCGGAAUUGGUUUACGUGCCAUUUGGAGCAAAUCAACAGAAUGCCGCCCCUGCGAGACUUGGCAAAGUGAGCUCUGAAGAAAUGCCGGGAGGCGGAGGAGAGCCCUUGGCCUAUGGAUCCAUCUUCCCGGGAUUUGGGAGCAUGAGACCCGGCUUCGGGGCCAUGCAGAUCAAUCCGGCUCUGGGAAAAGACUUCACCCUGGAAGACGACUCGCCCACGGUUGCCGGCAAGCCCCCUGGUCAGGGAGGAGAGGUCCUGGGCUCCCCCAGGGACGGAGCCAUCCCGGCUGGUCACCCUAACCCAGGGCUCCUUCCUGAAAGAAUUUCCAGGCUCCGCAGCGGGGCCGCCCUGACAUUCCCCAGCGACUUCAUCCCCCACCGAGGACAGGGCCCGGCCGGGCAAAGCAAACUUCCGCCCGGCGUCACGCCGCCGCCGGCUGACCCCCUGAUGACACCCGGUCCCUCCGACCCUCUGGAGUUCUUCGAAGGUGACGGGACAACCCCCCUGGGCCUUCAGAGGGAAGCUCUUCUGGAUACCACCAUGACUCCAGACACCCAAUCCACCUACAUGCCGGGGAACGAGGCCCAGCAGAUGCAGGUUACACAAGACCAGUGGCAAUUCCAGGAGCCCUGAGCUUGCUCGGACCGAGCACUGACCAGGAGGAUUCGUGUCUCCCACCUAUUCUGAUGCUAUGUCUUUGGGCUAAAGCAUGCAUUAACCUGCUUCUCUGGCCUGGGCUCUGAAGGUAUUAAAUAGCAUGCUAACCUAUCUGUGCAGCUCUAGAUUAUGUUGGCUGAGUCUCUGAAUUUUAGUCUCCUCUGGUAUUUCGGGGUUAGAAAUCAGAUGAUAUAGAUGAUUAAUGACACGAUAUACGUAUGGAUUCUGCCCCAACCUGAGGGUGGAUGAAAAGGUCUUGUCUUUCAUCGUCGCUGUGAGCUUUCAGCUGGGGGGAAAAACGGAGCCUUUUCUAGGGUUUUGGGGAGCGCCAGUGGCAAGUCUGACACAUUUGUAUCGGGAAAUGGGAUAAAAGGUCUCUCUGAGACAAUUUCCUGAAAACAAUAAAACUAAUUUCAGAACCACAGCCCAUGGCAAUCGAGCGUCUAUAUUGGGGUUGGUAGAAGACCCUGGAGCUAGCAGGGGUUGGUGGUUUGGGUACGUUGUUAUUAUUGAAGUUAUACCUUAUAAACCAUUUUAUUUAAUCCGA